UUCUGCCGAUCCUGGAUUUCUGGUUUUUUGUGCAAUACAUGGUGAUGAUUUUCAUUUACAUUUCCUUUUGUUAUUUUUAUAUUUUAUUGGGUUUUCAUGAUAUUCCUCCCGAUUUGGCCAAGGCUUUUCUCUUCGAAGAUCCUUUCUAAAUUAGGGCUUCUUCCCUGGGUUCACCAAUGGAUAAUACCAUUAUUUCUAAAGAUGAAGGCUUUGCGGCAUUCGUGGUUGCACGGACUGCAGACGGGUGCUCCAUGUACUGCGCUCCAUGAUUUUGACGACGGAAGUCCUCCCACAUCGGAUUUCCGAUCAAAAUGGGAGAUCUAUUCCAUCAAAACGAAGCUGGAAUCAUGGUUCUUGUAUAUUUGGACAUGCUUGCAAAUUCUUGGGGACCAAUUUACGUUGCUGGAGGUACAUUUAAAUGUCGAUUGGAGUUUUAAACUUAUUGAGGAUCUAUGCAUGCUGAUUAUGGGGCAUCAUAUUAUCGACUGGAGUGGAACCCAAAAGACGGGAGUUCUAUGUGAGGGUUUUAUGCGAUUGCGAUAAACUGGGUCCCCGACGAGGACACGCACACAACCGACUGGUAAUCUUUGAUGGAGGAUUAUCGGUGAUCGACUAUUGUUUUACAGGUAAGAGGACUACUGCCCCCUCGUCUCUCUGUGUCUUCACAUAUAUGGUCUAGCACAGUUUUAAAAAUUAG